AUGCUCUCCACUCCCACACGUUCUGUUCGCACAACCUUUGCCUCCCAGGCCCGGGCCCUGUCUUACACGGCUUCAGUGAAAACUCCGCAAAUUGAGUCUCACUCCUCGCAGCCGUCGCACCCUCCGCCACACUAUGCACCACAGAGCUCGUCGCAAUCUCCGGGUUCUCCCGCCCCGCGACGCUCACGCUUGUCAUCGCCCGCUCCUAGGCCGACUCCUGCUAUGCAGCCUGGGAUUCGUGUCCCACUAUUGCCUCCUCAGUUCGGCCGCAACCAGGUCCUUGCCGUUCCCGAUCGCACGCGAGCAUUGCUUGAGGAGAUUGUUGCGGGCUUUGACGCUCCCAUUCGAUAUGCGUUCGCAUAUGGAAGUGGCGUAUUCGGCCAGGAAGGCUAUAAAGAUAGUGAUCGCCCACAGCUCGACUUCUUGUUUGCCGUGACCCAUGCAGACCACUUCCAUUCGAUCAACAUGCAGCAAAACUCAAAGCAUUAUGCAUUGGUACCACGCCUCCUUGGGUCUGAUUUUGUUGCUCGCACGCAAGCCCUUGCGCCUGGGCUAUGGUUCAACCCGUAUGUCAAGGUUAAAGAUGGUGUAACCAUCAAAUAUGGCGUUACAACUGUGGACAAUCUAUGCGCUGAUCUACUAGGAUGGAAGUCAUUAUAUAUGGCUGGCAGGAUGCACAAACCCAUCCGAAUCAUCAAGGAUGAUCCUCGAGUCCGUUUAACCCAACAGGUCAAUCUUACAUCCGCUGUACGCGCAGCUCUUUUGACGCUUCCCGAGCGAUUCAAUGAAAAGGAGCUUUUCGAGAGAAUUGCGGGUAUCAGCUACGCUGGUGACCCACGAAUGUCAUUCGCUGAGAAUCCUCACAAGGUUCGCAACAUUGUGAAUGCGCAGCAGGAGCAAUUCCGAGAACUUUACCAUCGCUUGGUUGUUGGUCUUCCUGGCGUUCACUGGGUCGGAGAGAAAGUCGAGCAAGAUGCCUCACCACAAGCACGCGGGCUACUCUUACGCAAACUCCCUUCGAACCUCCGGACGCGCAUCGACACACGCUACCAAUCACUUUCACCCGAACCUGCUCCGGCAUCGCCUUCGUCGUCUCCAACACGCGACGAGAAUGUGUUUUGGCAGAGGAUUGGCGCUGCUCCAGAUCUGAGCGAAACGAUGCAAGUUGAGAUGGCGGAUAUCAUUAAAGGCCCUGCGACGAUGCAAAGCGUCAAAGGACUUGUUACUGCUGGGCCAAUCAAGAGUCUCAAAUAUGCCGGCGAGAAGAUUGGCAAGUGGUGGAAUGCCAAGAGUUCAUAA